AUGGUACCUGCCAGUCUCGCAGAUGUUCUCCGAGCCUUGAUCAGAAGAGACCCAGGAAUCGGUUGGGUCGGCGCGCGACAAUGGCACCUCGACUUCGGCCUUGAAGGCGACGACGGAGCCGACCAAUUCGUCGUCGUUCUCGACGCUGUUUACGACUUUUAUUCCCAUAGCAGUUUACGCCGUGAUUUGUUUCGUUUUAUUCCUGGCCCUACGUCGCAAAUAUCCGCGCGCGUAUUCACCAAGGGCCUUCCUCAGCAGCCUGCACCCUUCGAAGGCUUCAUCCUCUAUAUGAUCAGUCGGGAAAGCGUGUACUUCAUCAAUUUACGCCAAGCUUAUCUUAUAUCGCCGCUCUACGCAAACCAUGUCUCCUCCAGGACCGUUCUAUUCACAUGUGUCCCCCAGCAAAUUCUAGAUGAGAGAAAACUUCGGAGAGUCUUCGGAGAUAGUGUGAAGAACGUCUGGAUUCCUCGAAAUACCGAAGACCUUGAUGAGCUUGUUAAGGAACGUGACCAGACUGCAUCUCGACUGGAAAAGGCCGAGAUUAAGUUGAUCAGAAAGGCCAAUGUGGCAUAUAGAAAGGCGCUUAAAAAUGGGCACCCUGAUCUUCCCACAGCCACCGAGACCCCCACCAGUAGGCUCUCCAAGGAGUCCAAAGUAAGCGUGACUCAACAAAUUUCAUCCUCGCCGCAGAGCCCAGUGUCACCCGAGAGCCCGUCGUCGCCACGAGAAUUUGUCCGUCAUGAUGGAACGCCAAUCAUGAAGACAAACUACGGUUUGGGGGGACCUCCUCCUGACAUUAAUGGAUCAGUUGCAGCGCAGUGGAUCCCUUAUAGCCAACGGCCGAUUCAUCGGCCGAUAGCAAAUUAUGGUAGGAGAGUCGACACUAUCAAAUGGACGCGGAACCGCCUGAAAAAGCUUGCUCCAGAGAUUGGCAAGCUGCGCAACAAAUACAGGAAGGGUCAAGGGCCACCUCUACCCGCGGUUUUCAUCGAGUUCCAAACUCAAACGGACGCCCAAACCGCAUAUCAGACACUCACUCACCACCGCGCAAAUCACAUGAGACCGGAAAUUGUCGGUGUGCGACCCCAUGAGAUUAUUUGGUCCUCACUAUCUCUUCCGUGGUGGGAAAGAAUAAUUCGCCGAUUUUUAAUACAGGGUUUUAUCGCCCUUAUGGUUGUCUUCUGGUCGCUUCCAGCUAUUUUGGUUGGUAUAAUCUCAAAUAUUAAAUUCCUGACCAGCAAUGUUCCUUUCCUCAGCUGGAUCAAUCAUAUUCCCAGUGUGAUUCUCGGAUUGAUCUCUGGGCUGCUUCCUGCCGUUGCACUGGCGUUGUUGAUGGCGGUGGUUCCAGGGAUAUUAAGAGCAUGUGCGAGACAAUCUGGAGUUGCCACUGAAGCUAAGGUUGAGUUGUUCGUCCAAAACGCGUACUUCCUCUUCCAGAUCGUGCAGGUCUUCCUCAUUACGACCCUUACGUCCGCCGCAUCUGCCGCCAUUCUAGAUGUUAUCAAGGACCCUCUGUCAGCUCGAGAGGUCCUAUCCAAAAAUUUACCCAAGGCUUCGAAUUUUUAUGUAUCGUACUUUAUCCUCCAAGGACUGGCGAUGAGUGCGACUAGGAUUGCUCAUAUCCUCAGCGUCUUCCGCUAUGGUUUAACAAGCCCGGAUAGUGUGAAUCCAAAACAGAGAUCCGCUCGUUACCACCGACUGAGAAGGAUACACUGGGGAGCCGUGUACCCAGUAUUCACCAAUAUGGGUGUUAUUGCAAUUUCAUACUCCCUCAUAGCACCCGUUGUCCUAGGUGUCGCUACCAUCGGCCUUUUCCUCAUCUAUCUCAGUUACAGAUAUAACUUGCUAUAUACCUACUCAUCCGAACGCGACACUCGAGGAUUGCAUUAUCCCCGAGCCCUCGGACAAACCUUAACGGGCGUUUAUCUUGCUGAGAUAUGCUUAGUCGGUCUUUUUGGCCUUGGGGGCGCUUAUGGACCCCUGGUUAUGUCAUUUGGUCUCGUCAUAUUCACAAGCCUCGUACACAUCUCCCUCAACGAUGCGCUAACCCCACUCCUCUACAGCCUCCCUCGAACGGUGGCGGCCGAAGAAGCGCUCCGGCAAGCCGGCAAUAAUGCUGUAGAUUCUGCAAACCUUCAAGACAAAGAUGAUGCACUCGAAGCACAUAACGCCGAGUUGCGACAGGAUCAUGGCUAUGAUUCUGAUUUUGAUCCUUCCUGCCCAAUAGAUUUAGCAGUCGAUCACGGGGAACAGACCUCCAGGGCUGUCGAAGGCGCAGAUCGUGCUGUCAACCUUACUACAACCACAGUCACCUCGUUCGCCCGGAAGAAGUUCCGCGCAUCACCGAUUCCAUCUUUCAUCUCCAAGAUCGACUUCUGGACGCACUGGAUUACGCCCGACCCCAACAUCAAACCUAAUUUCCUGCUCAAAUUUCUACAUCCGGAAGUCUUUUGCGAUUAUCACAUCCUGCGAAAGCAAAUCCCCGAAGAUAUCUAUGAGCCCACAUAUGAAGACUCGGUGCUAAAGGAUGCGUACAGCCCACCUAGUAUGCGGAAUCGAUCGCCAAGGCUGUGGAUUCCUCAGGAUGCUGCAGGUAUCAGCAAGCAGGAAGUCGCACAUAGCGGAAAGGUCAUUGAGAUAACCGACCGAGAUGCUUGGCUUAAUGAUAAAGGGGGAAUGGAUGUGGAUGUGGAUGGGGAGGUUUCAAGAUGGGUUGUAAGAGAUUGGGAAAAGGUCAAAUUUUAA